UGCAAUUUGGUUCUGAUCUUGAAUCCUAUCAGAUUUUGCCUUCUAUGGCUUAUGUGCUUGAGAUGGCGAAUCCUGGCUCUAUGUUUGAUCUAGUCACAGGGAAGGAUGAUGCAUUUUGUACCUUUUUUAUGUCAUUCAGAGCAUGGAUAGAAGCUUGGCCUCACUGUAGACCUGUUCUUAUACUGGAUGGUUCAUUCCUGAAGGCUUACUAUAAAGGCACUCUUCUUACAGCUUGUUGUCAAGAUGCCAAUGAUCACAUAGUUCCUAUUGCAUUUGGUAUUUGUGAGUCUGAAACAAAAUCUUCUUGGAAAUGGUUUUUAUCCAAAGUCUGUCAGUCAAUACAGUACAGACACGACCUUUAUGUAGUAUCUGAUAGGCAUAAAGGUCUUAUAAAGGCUGUUUCUGAAAUCUUGCCACAUGCUAGCCAUGGUUUUUGUGUUGCUCAUCUGCGUCGUAACAUGACACACAAAUUUAGAGGAUCUGCAGCUACUUUGGGAUGGAAGUUCAAAGCUGCCUAUAUGGCAGCAACUGUUAAAGAAUAUGAUGACUACUUAUCCAUGUUGGAUUCUGAAAACUCCAGGAUAAGGACUUGGCUAGACAAAAUAGGUGCUAACACAUGGUCAAAAGUAAUUUCUGGACCAAAGAGAUAUAAUAUUAUGACCUCCAAUUGUGCUGAGUCUAUGAACAAAGUCAAUGUAUGUGCAAGAGAGUAUUCAGUCUCUAAACUUGUUGAUUUUUUGCGUGAAAGGAUGCAACAAUGGUUCACAGAGAGGAAAGAUAAAGCUGAGAAAACAAGUACUAUACUCACACGGAAAUGUGAGAAACGUCUUGUAGCUUUGCAAGCUGAAGCUACACGUAUGAAGGUGAAACCAUCAUGUGCAUAUGAAUUUGAAGUUGUUGAUAGCAGAUGCACGUCCUUUGUGAGAUGCUUGGCUUGCUACAUGGUCUGGUAUUAUGCAUCCAAUUGUUGAUCGUGACAGUUGGUCUGUUCCUGCUACUAUUCAAAACCAACUAUGCAAGCCACCAACUUGUAUGAAGCGUCCUCCUGGUCGCCCGAAGAAAUCCAGGAUUCCAUCCAUUGGAGAAUAUAGAGGUUCAAAAAAUAAAAAAUGUUCUAGAUGCCAUGUGCUUGGCCAUAAUAAGAAAACUUGUAGGAAUCUCAUUCCAAUCAAUACCCAGUGAUACCCAUGUCUAAUUCAUUGUAUUUUGUCUUUUGUUUUUAUAAAGUACUUUUAAGAAUUCUAUUAUGUGGUUUGGACACAGUUAUCAUUUGUUUAAAUGUUCUGCCAUUUAGUUUUCAGGCCUUGUGUUUUGGCAUUUUGUUUAGUCGUAACUGACAUAUGUCAGAUUUGAUGGCAAUUUCUGUUCACCAUUGAUGACAGUUUGUUAUGGAUAGAAGUCAAUGAUGUAUUUGACAUUUGAUGUCAGUGUAA